UUUAUUAGCGGUCUCUGCUUCGAUAUCGCGAUGGCGAUUCCAUCUAAAGUGUUCUGUGUGAUUUUGAUCACGCUGGCCGUCGCCGGAGUGAUGUCGGAGGCCGGCAGCAUCGCCGUCUACUGGGGCCAAAACGGCAACGAAGGCAGCCUCGCCGACGCCUGCGCCACCGGCAACUACAAGUUCGUCCUGGUCGCCUUCCUCCCCACCUUCGGCAACGGCCAGACGCCGAUGAUCAACCUCGCCGGCCACUGCGACCCCUACUCCAACGGCUGCACCGGGCUGAGCGCCGACGUCAAGUCGUGCCAGCGGCGCGGCGUCAAGGUGUUGCUCUCCAUCGGAGGCGGCGCCGGGAGCUACUACUUGACGAGCUCUCAGGACGCCAAGCAGGUGGCGGGGUACCUCUGGAACAACUUCCUCGGCGGCUCCGCCGCUUCACGGCCGCUUGGCGACGCCGUGCUGGAUGGCAUCGACUUCGACAUCGAGGGCGGAACCAACCAACACUGGAACGAACUCGCUAGGUACCUCAAAAGCUAUGGUCAGGUCUACUUGAGUGCCGCACCUCAGUGUCCUUACCCGGAUGCUUGGAUCGGUGGAGCACUCGACACCGGCCUCUUCGACUACGUGUGGGUUCAAUUCUACAAUAACCCUCCUUGCCAAUAUAGCUCCGGCGAUACUAGCAAUCUUGCAAAUGCAUGGGAGCAAUGGAUCUCCAUCCCCACGAAGGAGGUGUUCCUUGGGCUUCCGGCAGCGCCAGAGGCGGCUGGAAGCGGCUACAUCCCACCGGACGAUCUCAUUUCGAAGGUUCUUCCGAUCGUCAAGAGCUCGAGCAAGUACGGAGGGAUCAUGUUGUGGUCCAAGUACUAUGACGAUCUCACUGGGUAUAGUUCCAAAGUUAAAAAUCAUGUGUGAUUUCGGGGCAUAUAUUGUAAUCAAAUAAUCACUGUGUGGCUUGUGUUAGGGUUCAUGUAUUUUGAGUUGGAUGUAAACAUAAUUCAAUAUGA